UUACAAGUAAUUAAUAAAUUUUUAUCAAUUUUUUUAUUAUGAAAACAAUUAUUGAUAUAGAGAAAAUACUUUUCAACGUUGCUUAGCAACUUCAUACAUCAAGUUUUGUGAUUGUGAUCGUAUAAAGAAAUUGAUUUUCAUUCCAAGCAUUAUAAUAUUCAAAUAGAAAAAAAAUUUUAUAAAUUCAUUUUUUGCAAUUUUAUUAUAAACAGUUUUUUCACUUUAUUAUUUGGAAACGUGAAAAUGGCACCAAAAAAAGGAAAAGGAAAAUCAACAGACACUGUGGAUGGUGUGGAUACAUCGAAAAUGAAUAGGGAACAAUUAGAAAUUUAUUCUCAUAAAAUUCUAGAAGAAAUGGAACGUGAAAGGGAGGAGAGAAAUUUUUUUCAAUUAGAAAGAGAUAAACUUCGUACAUUUUGGGAAAUAACACGUCAUCAAUUGGAAGAAGCACGUGCUGCAACAAGAAACAAAGAGCGAGAAAAAGAAGAGUUAACUGAAAAACACGAGGCUGAAUUAACAUUAUAUAAACAAAAAGUAAAACAUUUAAUGUAUGAACAUCAAAUGAAUCUUUCAUCAUCAAAAGCUGAACACAUGGUGGCAUUAAAAAUGGCACAAGACGAUUAUAUAUCACAAGAAAAUGAAAUUGUUCAAGAUAAAAGACAAUUGAAGAGAGCGCAAAAAGAAAAAGAACUCUCGCAUAUGAACGAAAUUCGAGCAUUGAAAUUAACAGCAGCUGAAGAAAUGAGUAAUAUGAUGAAAAAAUUUGAAUCUGAAACUUCUGAAUUAGAACAAAAAUAUGAAGAAAAAAUUGCUUCUUUAUAUGAAUCAUUAAUGUUAAAACAUCGAACGGAAAUUGUUGAAACUGAAGAACGUAGAAAUUUGCAAAUUUCAACUUUAAUAAAUAAUCACGAAAAAGCAUUUGCGGAUAUAAAAAAUUAUUACAAUGAUAUUACGCUAAAUAAUUUGUCACUCAUCAAAAGUCUCAAAGAACAAUUAGAAAGUAUGAAAAAUCAUGAAGAGAGAAUGACAAAACAAGUCAGAGAAGUAACAAAUGAAAAUAAAAAUCAUUAUGAAGAAUUGAAACAGGCUCAAAAUAAAAAUAGUGAUCUCACACGACGAUUGACUAAUUAUGAAAAAGAUAAACAAUUAUUAAUUCAUACAAGAAAAAAAUUGUCAACUACUUUGAAAGAUAUUGAAGCAAUAAAAUGGGAAAAUGAAGUAUCUGAAUUAAGAUACAAUAAAUGUAAAUCUGAACGUGAUGAAUUACAUAAAAAAUUUGUAAACGCUAUUUUAGAACUUCAACAAAAGACGGGUUUAAAAAAUGUUUUAUUGGAAAAAAAAUUGGAGAAAUUGUCAGAUUUAUUGGAACAAAGGGAAGCGCAAAUAAAUGAAAUUUUAGCUGCCUCUCAAUUACAUCCCGAUGCAGUGAUUAAUGUCAACGAAAAACUUGAGGAAAUGUUAAAUCGAAAAAAUACAGCAAUUCGAGAUCUUCAGAAUGAAUUGGCAAAAGUUUGUAAAGCUCACGACGAUCUUUUAACAAUAUUUGGAGCCAAAUUCCAAGAAUAUGGAAUUCCAGAAGCAGAACUUGGAUUACAUCCCCUGAGAUCUAAAAUGGUAAAUAGAAAAAUUUGUUGAUUUGAAACAAAUUCUCCUUUUUAUAAAACUAAGCGAAAAGGGACAUAAAUUUUCUACUCAACAUUUUACGACCUGAAAUAUAUUUAUUUUUUAUUUUUUUCUUUACAUUAAAUGAGUAAUAAAACGACAGCUAGUUUCUUCCAGAUAUUAGACAAAUUUAUCACAGAGAACGUACAUAUGUUUACAAUAGAGCGUCGAAACCUGGAAGUAGUCUUUGUGUUACUUUCAUUUUAAUAAGCCGAAAUAUCGCGUAAAAAGCGAAUCUUUGAUUAGUUGCUAGAAAAGAAAAAAUCUCUUCUAAUUUUUUUUUUUUUUUUUUUUUUUUUUUUAAA